CCAAUUUGGUGCACGGCUAGCCACGUUGGCAUAUAAAUGGUGCUGAUCCACUUGAAUGGUACGGCAUCCACACAAUCAACUUCCACUCGCUUGUGAACCAUUCUGUACUUUAUUUACCGAUUUACGUCUUGAUAGAACAAAACUGCAUUUCAUUUAUUUUAAGCAUGUCCAUCCAAACGAAAGAGGGGAGGUAAGCGGAACCUAACCUGGCGCUAAACCGAACCCCGUCAGUCAAUCUUCCCCUAGGCGCUGCCCCCCAGCCAUUAUGGGCGCCUUGCAGCUCCCGCUUGUCGCCGUGGUACUAACUGCCUGCGCGGCUGUCGGAAACCCGGAGACGCCGGCUCACGAAGACGGCGCUCCGCCUUCAAGAAUUGCUGUGGUUGGAGCAGGGAUAGGAGGCAGCGCCACGGCCCAUUUCCUGCGACAACACUUCGGUCCGGAGGUGCAGGUGGAUGUGUUCGAGAAAGGCGAGGUCGGAGGCCGUCUGGCCACUGUGACCGUCAACCACAAUGAAUACGAGUCUGGAGGAUCCAUUAUUCACUCCCUCAACCUGCACAUGCAGGAGUUUGUCAAACAGCUGGGUUUAAAAUAUCGUCGGAAUGUGGCAGGAAAGACCGCCGUUUUUAACGGUGAAGAGGUUAUUUUGGAGGAGACCGACUGGUACCUCUUGGAUCUGUUCCGCCUGUGGUGGCGCUAUGGGAUCAGCUUCAUACGGCUGCAGAUGUGGGUGGAGGAAAUAAUGGAGAAAUUUAUGAGGAUCUAUAAGUACCAGGCCCACGGCUAUGCUUUCAGCUCUGUGGAGGCACUCCUGGACUCCCUGGGAGGCAGCGGGUUCAUCAACAUGACCAGGAGGCCUCUUUCCGAUUCACUGCUGGAGCUGGGCGUCUCUCAGCGCUUCAUGGAUGAGGUCAUCGCGCCCAUCAUGAGGAUCAACUACGGACAGAAUGUCAGCAUCCCUGCUUUUGUAGGCGCUGUCUCUUUGGCUGGUGCCCAGAACAACCUGUGGGCGGUGGAAGGAGGGAACAAACAUGUGUGUUCAGGACUACUGAAGAUGGCUAACGCUAACUUACUGAAGGCUCAGGUCACAUCCAUCUCCCCAGUCCACUCAGGGGAGGUUCUGCAGUACCAGCUGAACUUCACCACAGCAUCAGGAAUUGGAUCGGAGUUGUACGACAUUGUAGUGUUGGCGACCCCGCUUCAGGCCAGCGUUGGUUCUGGACUCCGGUUCCGAGAUUUCGAACCUCCCUUCUACGAGCUGCCGGGCAGCUACCAUGGCACCGUGGCAACGAUCGUUCACGGCUACCUCAACACGUCUUUCUUUGGUUUCCCGGACCCCCGCCUGUUCCCGUUCGCCAGCGUCCUUACCACUGAGACGCCCAGCCUGUUCUUUAACAGCGUGGCCAGCGUUUGUCCUGUCAACAUCUCAGCUGGCUUUCGGCGCAAGCAGCCGCAGGAGGCCGGUGUGUACAAGGUUUUUUCUCCUCGAUCGUUGGACAAGCCGCAACUCAAAACACUCUUCAGGUCGUACUAUUCAGCCCAGGUGACUGAGUGGCAGGCCUACCCUCAGUACGGCAGCAGCCAGGGACUGCCGCCCGUGGAGCUGCACCCCAACCUCUACUACCUCAAUGGCAUCGAGUGGGCCGGCAGCGCCAUGGAGAUGAGCUCGGUGGCUGCCAAGAACAUAGCCCUGCUGGCGUAUCACCGCUGGAACAAACAGACGGACAUGGUGGACCAGAAAGAUCUCAUGCACAGGAUCAAAACUGAGCUAUGAUCGUCUCAACUCAAAGUGGAGAAAACCCUUCUGUAAAAAUGUAUUUCAAAGUGUUUUUUGGGGGAAACUGGAACAGUGUACAACAGGAGUAUGGUGAUGCAGCAGUCAGGAAAGUGCUCCAGAAUAUGGUUUACUAAUCUUGGCUUUAUUAAAUGUGCAAAUAUCUGCCCUUAGGAUCUUUAACAGAGGAUGUCCAGCUUUUAAAGCGUCUUGACCAUGUUUCUGGGAUAAAAUAAGAGCCUUCAUUAUUGCAAAUAAAUCGAUUAGUCAUAAAUCAGCUAAAAUAAAAUUUAAACUCGUGUAUGAGACGAUUUAUUAACCGCACACCAAUAUCAAACAAUGUUUCAGAUUUUGUUGUUUGUUUUGCCUGCAAAUGUUACAGAGGAACACUGUAGCAUGUUGCAGGGUUUAAUGGGAUGUGGUGGAACGACUCCAACCAGCCAGUUUGUCAUGUGCUCUGCAUUUAACCAUGAAGUAACUGGGCUGUUGGGUGGCUUCAGGUGUGGUGAAAGGACAUUACAUAAUGUAACUAUAAUAAGUCUAAGGGUGUAGGUACGGCAGUUUGUAGAUAAAUGCUCACAGCUUUGUUUUGCUUGCCUAAGAAUAUUUAGGAGAAAUUAGUGGCUGGUUAAAAUCUACAGGUCCGUUUCAAUAAAUUUGUAUAUCAUUGGAAAUUGUGUUUUAUUAGCAAAACUCAUGUGUUUUACAGAUUGAUUAAACACAAUGAUAAACUUUAAUUGAUUAUUUCUCUUUUAAUAUGGAUUAUUAUGGCUUACAACUAAUUAAAACCCAACAUUUUUAUUUAUGUUUUUAUUUUAAUACAAACAUUUCAGCCAUCUCCAGAAAGUUUUUCAGUAGAUUGAAGCAUGAAGGGCUCUAAAAUGUCCUGGUAAAUGGCUGUACUGACUUUGGACUUGAUAAAACCCAGAGGACCAACAUCAGCUUUGGUUUCCAAAUGAAAUGCAAAAUUGUACUUUGUUUUGAGAAGAGGAUUUUGAAUCGCUGAGCAACAGUCCGGUGCUUUUUUUUUGUGUUAUUGGUUCAGAUAAGACACUUCUGGUGUUGUCUCUGGUUCAGAAGUAGUUUAAAACAAGGAAAGCAACAGUCCUGGACGUCUGUGUGUGGUGACUCCUGAAGGAUUAAUUCCAGUCACCAUCCACACCUUGUAAAUCUACAACUCUUAAAUGGGCUUUGCUUCUGAGUCCUCUCAAGGCUGCAGCUGUCCCCGUUUGUGCACCUUAUUUACCACGUUUUUUUCCCUCCACUAAGCUUUCUAAUAAAAUGCUUGUAUACAGCACUCUGUGACCAGUCAGCUUCUUCAGCAGUGGCCUUUAAUGGCUUACUCUGCCCGUGGAGGGUGUUAGUUACUGUGUGCGAGUCAGCAGUCUUCCCUGUGAUUGUGCUGGCCAGAACAGUUUUUGUAUUAAAAACAUUUUAUUUUUAGUCUGAGUAACAUAAUUCAUGGUUUUCAUUGGCUGCCAGCCGUAAUCAAAAUGAACUGAAAUAAAACCGUUUCAAUAUA